AUGAUUCGCUUCAUUUUGAUACAAAAUCGAGCUGGGAAGACGAGACUAGCGAAAUGGUACAUGCAUUUUGAUGAUGACGAAAAGCAGAAACUGAUCGAGGAGGUGCAUGCCUGUGUCACUGUUCGAGAUGCGAAGCAUACGAAUUUCGUUGAAUUCCGAAACUUCAAAAUCGUCUACCGACGCUAUGCAGGGCUCUAUUUUUGCAUUUGUGUCGACAUUAUGGACAACAAUCUUUACUAUCUUGAGGCUAUUCAUAAUUUUGUUGAGGUAUUGAACGAGUACUUUCACAACGUAUGCGAGCUGGAUCUUGUCUUCAAUUUUUAUAAGGUCUAUUCUGUGGUCGACGAAAUGUUCCUGGCUGGUGAGAUCCGGGAAACCUCGCAAACGAAGGUCCUCAAACAAUUGUUGAUGUUGACUUCUUUGGAA